AUGACGUUAAUUAGUCAAUCCGGGUUCUUGGUUACCCCGUUAUGGAAAGUUAAAACUUUUAACUUCUGUGUAUACUCUAGGAAAGUCCCCAAUAAAUACCACCUUACUCUCAUUUUUGCUAUUUUAGGCUGGUUUAUCGAAAAUGAAAGUAGGUUAUUAAAUAAAUUCACAAAAAUUACUAAUCAGGUAAAAUUCAGUUAUAGCUUACGGACAUCAUCUUAAAAGUGUUGAAAUACCAAAAGUACUCUGAUGCAGGCAUUUUGUAGUUUAUUUGUAAAAAGUCUUAAUUUAUGUAUCAAAGAGAAUUUUUCCCAGGUAUAAAUUAAAAUGUUAAAUCACCAGUCUGCACUAAUCAUCAGUCUAUAUAUUAAUCGGCAGUCUAGAUUGGAUCAGUAGUCUUCUAAAUGAUGGUAUAAGUAUGCAGCAUUCUGCCACUGUGGAUGCAAAUAAAAAAAAAUAUAUAAUAGCUUAUAGAACCAUCUUUAACACUAAAAAGGGGAACGUAUCUGAAAAAGAUAAACAUGUCAUCAAUGUCAGGAUUCAGGAUGCCACCGGGUGGUGCCAUGGACAUAUUGUUUUCAUUCGACACCACUGGGUCAAUGUCAUACAUAUUAGAAGAGGUCAAAGGUCGGUUAAGUGACAUGAUACAGAGACUUCAGGCCGAUAUCCCGGGCAUUAGAAUAGGAGUGAUAGCUCACGGGGACUAUUGUGACGAAGAGGUCUUUUACUUGGAAAAGCACAUCGACUUUACACAGAAUGUGGCUGAACUGUGUCAGUUCGUGGGCGAAGUUGAAGGAACGGGAGGCGGGGACCAGGACGAGUGUUACGAACUCAUUCUUAGAAAAGCGAAUGAAGAAUUCACAUGGGCACCGGUGUCGAACAAAGUUCUGGUCAUGAUAGGGGACGCAAACCCUCAUGAACCUGAUUACAAACUGAACGUGGAUAAAAUCAACUGGAGAGAUGAAGUGUCACUCCUUGCAAAGCAGGGAAUAAAAAUCUACGCUGUCCAAGCCAUGAAUAACGAUGGAGUGGAGGAUUUCUAUGUAACAAUGGCUAAAGAAACUGGAGGUCACUACUUAAGACUGGAAAACUUUUCCAACAUCUGUGACUUCAUCAUGGCCAUUUGUUACCGAGAAAGAGAUGAUGACCUAUUUAUGAAUUACGAAGCUGAGGUCGCUGCUCGCCAAGGAACAUCAGGUCUCCAUCAAGAUUUAAACAAAAUGUUUGCCACCCUCCGCCGCGAAGACUCCAAUCGGAGUUGCAAGAGUGGGACAUCCAAGCUGGACCAUGCAGCAUCAAUUCCAUCUCGAUCCAGCUCGUUCAGCAGCGACGGAAGUAGCAUCAAAAACAUGUCAAACUCAAGAAGUGCAACACCCGGGAUUCCGGCACUUCACUCACCGCUGCCAAUGACACCUUUAAAUAGCUUUUUACCCUCACCUGUCAGUCAUAAGAAAAUUGUAAAACCAAGAAAGCUUCGACAAAUUCCUAAAAAGAAAUCAAAUUUGAACGCAUUUCCACGUGAACAGGAACCAGGAACAAAAUUCAACCUGAGGAAACUAAAAUGGACACCAUGGAAACUAGCAUACAGUCCAGAAAAACCUGACGACACACGUAAAUGGCGCAAAAUGUACCGAAUGAAUGGAUACAACAGGAAAACGCUGUUCCCGUGUUCUUCAGAUCUAAAAGUAUACGAAUUGUCCGUGCAAACUCAUCCAAGAGGCAAACUUCAUGUGAUGUACGCAAGAGUGACAGCUGCAGAUCUGAAUGACUCCAAGUGGAGUCACCACCUGUUUCCGGGAAGUAGGAGGCGACGCUACAUUCACUGCAGACAAAUCAAGCGAGUCCUUAGUCAAGGAUGUCGAGUGUUUGUUCGUAAAGCUGACAUCAAGAAGAGACAGAUAAAACAAGUGGACAAUUUGAGCAAAUACAGCUACGCCUGGACAAGAUCCAUCUCUGGAGCUAGAACGCCAGAGAGGACGGUAGUGAAAGAUGACAAAAUAUUAUCGGGGAUGGAUUAUAGUUAAUUGUCAAAGUUCACCAUGCAGAUUUACUGUCAACAGAGCAGCAAUGAGAAUAUUUUCGACAUAUAAAUGUUUACAGUGCAGUACGUUAAGGAAUGAAAAUUUCCAUAAAUUCAUAUUAUAAAUACAACUAGUCAUUUAUUUGUUAUUAUUGUAUAUAUAUAUUAUUGAAAUAAAAGUUACCAUUU